AUGGCUCGCCUGAAUGAAUCAGCUGCUCCCGGCGAAUCUCUAGAAUCGCUCAAACGGCGGUUCGUGAGACAAAACCGUGAAAUCGCUCGUGUCAACUCAAUCCAAUCUCUCCGCAUCCGAAGCCUCGAAUCGGAAGUCUCCCACCUUCUCGCCGAAAACGUGUCGCUUAGAGAGCAAGUUAUCGCUUUGGGCAAUGAGCUAGAGAGGUUUGAGGCUGCGAAGCUGCUCAGUGAUGGCGUCUACGACAUCAAGGCAAAAUUGGACACCAAACUAGCGGAGCUCAACAAUAUCGUGUCGAACCUGGGAGCCCUACCGCGCAAUUUCAACAAGUCCAUCAGCCAGAAUGAUGGUGAUGCUGCUCAGAAUGUCUCUACUCAACACAGCCCAGCACUAAAGCCUCAAGGGCCCGACUCCAAUCAAGAUAUCGAAGAAGACGGGCGCCUCCCUGUCAUACUUGAAGAUAAAUACUACCCCCGGAAAACAUUGGAGGCGAAUGAACUGCGGGACCUAGCGAAAGAGAAUGUCUCCGACUCAUUCGGACCGGGAGCUCAAUACCCAGAAGAGCACGACACACAGGCAGACUUACAUGACGACUCCCUCGAUACACCACUCCACGACGACGACCCUGAGCUCGAUACACACUUUCUUCCACCGACGCUGGAGACAAGGAAAAAGAAACGACCAGGCCCAUUGCCAAUUGGGGAAGAACUGUCCAGACCAGAUCACGACUCAGUCACACCAAAGAAGAACUCCAGUUACUUGCUGAAGUCUGGUGCGAAACGCAAAUUCUCCUCCGAAGAAGAUGAGGAAUUCCAGCCUAUUUCAACAGCGGAUGACGACUUCCAAUUCAGCCGCCCCAACCAAUCACCGGCUAAUGCAGAGGAAGAGCUUUCUCUGUCCGCGAAGGAAGAAUCUCCAGUAAAAAGGCGAACUCAGCUGAAAGAAAGACGGGAGAACAUUGCCCCUCCUAAGCGGAAAGCCUUGGAGCCAAAAAGCACAAAUACUCGCAUGGUCUCCCCGGGUAGACCACGAAAAGGAAUUUCUUUGAACCGUGGCAAAAAAGUCUCAACGAGCGCCGAUUCUCCGGAUGACGAAAAUCGCCAGUUUCGAUCAGUCAAAUCAGCGGAUCAACGUGGACCGCAAUGCAGGUCAUUGAGCGAAGACCUCAACCAUGACGACAUCGAAUCAGCCGAGCGAAAGGAUCCUGAGAACGUUGGGACUGUAUCUGAAUCCCAAGCAUCACAAGACUCAGCCCAGUUCGACAUGUCCGACACCCCUGCAGACCAGGCCGAAACUUCGUCCCGGCCAACGAGACGCCAAAGAGCUGUCGUUAGCUACGCAGAGCCGAACUUGAGGGCCAAAAUGCGACGCCCUACAAGUGAAUUUAUUGCUGCUGUUGGUGGAGACCAGGGGAGACGAGUAUCCGGCUCUCAGCCUUCAAGAAAGUCACGAGAGCCUGAGCCGACCCCUGGAAGAUCCGAAUCGCCUGGUAUUGAGGCGCCAGAUGGCUCUUCUGGGCCUUCAGCGAGAAAGCGCAAAACUCUACCGGAGAAGCGUGAUAGCUUGCCAUGUCGAGACCUUGAGGAUGAAACCAGAGACGACGCUCUUCCCGUCUCAAUAUCGAUAGAUCGCAAACAUCCGAAAGAGUCGGACAACCAGUUCAGAGAGCCUCGUGCUCUAGAGGAGAGCUGCAGAAAGUCUACCAAGAAUACGCUAAGAGCACUAUCGAGCCUGAACAAACAAUCUCGCCGGCACUCUUCUAACCCUACGGCCGCUACCAAUAUUUCGAGAAUGGGCUCGCAACAGGCUUUCGAUUCAGCUGCAGCUCUACAUGAAGCUUCUAUCCAACAAAAAGCAGACUUCAUGAGUCCGGAGGCAGGAGGUGACACGGAACCAACUGUGUCUCUGAGACGGGGGCAACGGGCUGCGUCACGGAGGAAAAGCAUGAUGCUUUGA